GCGAAUGUUGACACUAUCCAGAUCUUUGCUCGAACAUUUGACUUGUAGUUUUGCUGCAGGCACUUCCUUUCCACAUCUAAGUAUUGCUUUGGCGCCAUCUUGUAGCAUAAACAAACUAUGUUCAAGUGAGCUGAGAAGCUUCUUGUAUUGAGCAAUUACAAAUGUUUCAUGGUGGGGGUUAAUUAUUUGUUUUUUUGUGCUAUUUGCGGAAAUGUUUUUGAGCAGAGGUGCAGCAUCCGCUUUGAUGUUAAACUAUUUUAGGCAAAUGUUUUCAAAAUAAUACGAGCCAAUGUUGAAUUCGAGCACAUCUCCAUGCAUCAAUGCGUGCAAAUAAUAAUGUUCACCAUUGUAGUUCGCUCUUGAGUUCAAACGGAAGUGUGUGAGUUUGCGCUUUAAUUUUGAAAAGACAGCGGAACUUGGACAGGUUCGACAUGUUCUGUGGCCCAAAAAAAAAAGAAAAAAAAAAAGGGAAGAAAAAAAACUGCGAGAAAGGCUGCCGAGUGAGGAGGCUCGACAAUGACGACCCACGACGCGAAGUCCGAAGCGAACCCAAGCGGACUUGUCCAGAACCGACGUUCCGGAGCAUGCGUCCGUGCGCCAGCCACGGGGAGACGGAACAGACGGAGCACGGUGAUAUAACCUGACCACCUGCGGAGUUUUGUUGCUUUGAAUCAUCGCGCAAGUACAGUCCGCUCGGGUCCGCUCCGGUCCAAGGAUGCCUUUCUGCAAGCGUGCGGUCCUGCCGAGGGAUUUGUGCAAGCCCGGCGUCGGCGUCAGGACGUCGGAGCUGUUCGCGGACCUGGCCGACGUGUGCGCCUUCACGCUGGCCUCGGUGCUCCGCCAACUUUCGGACCUGUCCCGACACUCGCUGGGCGUCCUGGAGGAGCUGGAGGGCGAGCUGGCGUCCGUGUGCCGCAGAUCCGGCGCGCUGGAGGGCAGGCUGGGCCGGGUGGUCGACAUGCUCCGCAAGAGCCCGCACACAGCCACCGUAGGACUCGAGGCGGAGAGCGUCAGGCGCGGAGGCAGCAGCAGCCGCGGCGACGGAGGCAACCACAACCACGCCGGAGGAGGACGGCGAGGAAGCGGCGAGCACGGCAACGGCGCGGUCCACUUCAGGUCUCCAUGGCAACAGAGCGUGAACGUGUUUGGCUCCUGGAACAGACCCGAGUGUGUCGAAGAGCUCCACCAGCAGGCGCAGCUUAACCUCCAGAGCCUGCUGCAAGACUUUGAGGAGCAGCUGUGCGACGGCAAGCCGCCAGGUCAGACGUUCCGCCAUCCGCCCUCGCAGAGCUCCGACGACGCCUCGCUCGGCUCCCCCGGCAACAAGCGGCCCGACUUCAUCUUUCUGCCGGCGUCCAAGCAGCUCUACGAAGAUGAGACCGCCAGCUCGGUCUUCGGACUGAGGUGCCUGGCCAGCCCGUCUCCCUCGCCUUCUCCGUCCCCCCGCGAGUCCGAUUGCCCCCCAUCGGGCUGGAGCGCCGGACCGCCCGUCGCAGAGAAACCUCGCUGGCACCUUGGCAGACGCACGGCAGCAAGUGAAGGAGGAGGUAAAUUCCAUGGUGUGGACCUCCUGCAGCACUCUGUCUCCCCAUCCCCCUCUCCAGUGGGGCACUUCCACCAGCCCCGCUCCCUGGAGCCUGUCACGGACACCCCUCACCAGAACAUCGCCCUGAGGAAGAUAUACUCCAACCUCGACACCGCCUCGCCUUCAGAUAUCAUCGUGGGCCAACCUGGAACCAUGGACCACUCUGGCCUGCUUUGCUCCAACACUCCCUCCAGCACCUGGAACGGACCGAAAGGCUCCACCUUCUCUCCCGAGGCUUGGAACGAGCCUUACAAUUAUAUUGCCAAGAAAGGCCCGGCGGUUCCGCCCAAACAACACAGUGUCAUUGGUCACACGGGAGGUGGGGCUCAGGAAGGCCUGAUGUUAGUGAGCAACUCGCAGUCUAUUUCCUUCUCUACCACUUCUGGGAGACAGAGGUACAACGUGCCAGGGAUGGAGAGGAGGAGCGAGACUGAGGGGUCCACGGCGGACGGCGGGAGAGGUGGGGCUGGUGGCGUUGAGACGGGGAGGGGCAGGGGGAUGUCCGCGCGCUCCUUAGCUGCGGCGAAUGCGUUCAAGUUCCGGGAACGUUCUCUCUCCACGCCCACAGACUCUGGUUCCUUUUGCUUUACUGAGAUUGGCACAGAGCAACCAGAUGGGACUCUUUCAUCCACAGGGAAUGGGAAUGUGACAUCUUCAGAGCACCAGUGGCAGCAUCAUAACUUUUUGGGUCUCGGUGAGAAUUACGCUCUCCUUUAUCCCAGAGGGAGCUCAGAAGACAGCGCCAGUACCACCGACACUAUCUCUGUUUCCGCGUCGGACUACACUGCUGAAGGACGCUUGUGCCUGCGCUCGCGGUCCAUCUCGCUCAAGAAGUCCAAGCGCAAGCCACCGCCUCCAGUGAGGAGCGUCUCUCUCAUGAAGAACCUCGACCAGGCUAAGGGAAGGAUCCACCAUGAGGGGGGUCUGCAUCGGGAUGGACGGCCAAAGAGCCUGCACAUCCCCAGGGACCACUUCCCCGACUUUCAGCCCGAUUUCCUUUUGCCCACCUCCAGAUCAGGGGAGCUCGGCCAGGGAGGACCUCCCGACCUGGAGGUCCGUGCGCCAGAAAGGGAGGCAGAACCAACUUUCCCCUCUCACUGGCAGCUGGGAGAGUGGAAGAGCAAUGACCCCUACAGGUCUUUAUCGGGCUCCAGCACUGCAACGGGUACGACUGUGAUUGAAUGUAUGAAAGUCAAAGGCAGUUCAGAGUCACUGCUCAACUCGCCCGCCACCUCCAGAGCCACGUCACCCUCGCACCUCCUUACGGAAACGGAUGUCAAGCCCGCUUCGCCCUUCAAACCCCCUGGACUCAUGUCUCCGUCAAGUGGCUAUUCCAGUCAGUCGGAAACUCCCACCCCUACCGUGCCGCUCAGUCAGGCAGCAGGUGCGGGGGGAGUGGGGUCAUCCGGGACAACGGGAUGUAAGUUGCGGCCAAAGAUUCCCGAAAGAAAAUCUUCGCUACCGUCGCCGAAGGAUCCUGCUGCUAGGUCCAGAUUGUCCUUUGAGAUGCCAGGGAAUGCCCAUCUGGAGCUGUCGUCAAUCAAGCCAAAGCAAAAGGCCAGCAGGCGGCAUUCAGACACGUCCACGUCCGCAAAACCUGGAAAAACUAGCCCCAACUCUUCGCAGGUCCUCCCGAUGGUCACCCAGAACGAGCUGAAAACAAUUCGGCUUCGUUCGGUCUCGCGAGGCGAUCUGGAGGACUGCCCGGACGGUGCGUCGGACACCAUCGAGGAAGAACAGCAGUGCAGAGACUUUGAAGAUGACGCCAGCCCGCCUCCCACCCUACCUAAACCCAAGCCGCCCGUUUCUGUCAAACCCCCUCUUCCAAAACGGCCCCUUAACCUGCGUCUGAAGUCCCAGUCCUCCACGCCCACCCUCACCCUGGACUCGCCCCCAGCGUCGCCCGUGGACCGCCGUGUUCCCCUGGGCAACAUUUACAAAGUCAUGAAGAAACCCAAACCCAAAAAAGCUCAGUCACAAAGUCUUUCAAAUCCAUCCGUGAUCCAAGAUUAUAAUUCCAUGUCCACCCCACAAGCCACCUAUAACCAGUGCCUCUUUGACCUCCCGCCCCUUCCGGACCCCCAGCCUCUCCUGGAGGAUCCCAUGUUAGAGCCGCAAUUUGAUGCGGGCCUUCAACUCGGGCCAGAGGACGGCGGCUCGCUCCCUUCUCCUUGCAGCAAUCUGGAGGCCCUGGAAUUCCAGGACAAGAGCAAGACCCUUCCUUCAAGAAUGACAAUCUCCUGUCUGGCAGAGCUCUCUGACAAAAAGAAACCCAAGGUUCCACCCCCAGUGCCCAAGAAACCAAACGUCCUUCUUCUUCCUUCCUCCGCCCACUCCUCAACUAACAGCGGGACAGACCGCCAGGCCACACCGACCGACAGCCCGGUGGGCCUUCCGUCUCCCGGAGAUCCUUUCCCCCCAGAAAACAUUCCCAUAAGUCCUGAAAUGUCAACACGAGAUGAGAAUCACUUGGGAGCAGACGCUUUGACGGAGUCUUCACUUCACUCUUCCCUGCUGGAUUCCUCCCUAGCGGAGCCGGAAGAGAAAAGGGCCGCCACGGGGAUUGAGCCAGAUGAUGGCGUGGCCAGUGACAAAACGGUGCUUCACAUUGUGGAGGAAACGGAUGAAGGCUUCCUGGCCAGCACGCCUGCAACACACACCACCGAAGACCUGUUCACCAUCAUACACAGGUCCAAGCGAAAGGUUCUGGGUCGCAAGGAGCCUUCCGAUUCCUUCGGAAGCCGCCAGAGUCUGACGUCUCCGGUCAAGCAGAUGAACCCCACCGCGGGCGGCGGCCAGAGGUCCAGCUCCCGCAACGAGAACUUCAUGGCCCUGCUGCAGAAGAAGGGCAGCAAGUCUUCCAGCGCGGGGACCAGGGUGUCCGCUGCCGAACUUCUCAAAAGCACAAACCCCUUGGCGCGACGUGUCCCCGAGCUCUCCGGCGAGGGGGGAGAGGUCCAAUCUGGCCAAGGCAAAGUCAACGAUCAGUGAGGUCGUUCCAGUGCGGAUGAGCUUGCAGCCAACAGCUUGGCUCCAACCACUGGCUGACCAUUUGCACCGUCCAAUCGCGUCAUAGCGCACUUUUGGGCGAAAUGGUCCCCGGCUUGGUUGGAGCCGUGUCGUUCUCCGUCGAAGCUCCGGAAGAGCGCGGAACAGGAGAGAGGGAAUCCGGCGACUUCCUCGGUCGGCAUGCCGGAUGGACAAGUGUUCUGAAAAGGGAUGUACAAACACCACCAAUAGAAGGGGUACGCGUUGAUUAUCUUUUCUCCCUGAUACCAAGUAAGAUUCGACUUGGACACGCCCACAAAUCAACUAAAGCACUUUUCUUCAAUGUCAAGAGGGAGCUGACCUUUCUUUCCCCUUCCUACCCUACGCACACUUUGUUCAGUGUCUUCUGUGCCAGUAGGACAUACGCUAUUAUGUACAGUGUGUUGUGUACAAAGAACAUCUCCAGACAACAAACGAGACACUGCCCAUGUGAUGGACACACACAAAGAACAGAAAUGUCUGCACAAGCCUGCGUGCGUGUGAGCGUGUGUCGGCAUGAGUAUGCGUGCGCACAAAUCAUCAUCAUGCCUGCGGAGUUUCUGCAUGGAGAGCAUGAAGCAGGCUUGGGGCGGGGGUUUCUUUUUCUGCUUGUCGUUUUGGUCUCCAGUGACGGGAACAAAGGAUAAACACACCAAACAAACCAGAGGGGACCUUUCAGUGUGUGCUUGCGUGCGUGCGAGCCCGAGCGACUGAGAGAGAGUUUUAGCGCGAGAGAGUGUGAGUGCUCUAUUUUCGUAGACGGCGCAACUGCGGCGGGGCGCAGAUGCCGAUGGAUUCUGAAGUCCUGAUGCAAGGUAAACUGCGGGUCUAAUGCGAUUUUGGUGAACUGCUCAGGGCGCAGGCAGACAGAUACUACAUAUUUAAGUAGCCAGCGGUUAUCACCAGCUCAUUCUGUAUUUAAUAAGGAUAUCCGCUCACAUUGUCUGUUCCCACACGGCGGUCAGAGCAGUGACACUGCUCCACUCACGCACGGAUCGCCGCGAUUACGAAUAGUCUUCCAACGCUCGGAGGCGGCGAGGGAUGUCAGCCUGUAAACGUUCCCACAGCAGCGCAGCCCGCCCACACUCAGAUCCGCCAUUCGAUUCCAUCUCUGGUGCAGAGUUGCGCCGCCCGCCGCGCGGGAUUUACACCGGUCAGGAAAAUAGAGCCCUGAGUGUGUGUAAGUUAGUGUGUGUGUGUGUGUGUGUGUGUGUGUGUGUGUGUGUGAGGGAUUUUGGUAAGAAAGCUUGAAAGUGUGUGUGUGGACCAACGUGUGUUUCCCCCAAAAGGGAAAAGCCAAGGUCCUUUUGGAGAACCGGGCCCACCUCUCGUGUCGUUCGCUUCUUGACCCCCGAUUGGCUGCCCCAGCGCGUGCAAUUUGUCCGCAACGGCACAAAUGGGGGUCCGUGAAGGUUGUAUCAAAGGAUGGACUGACUUCCUCUUGGCAUCCUCUGUGUGCGCCACUGUGUCAGAGCUCCCUCUGGUGGCAGGAGGAUGCGGCGCCAGACACUCUUCUCUUAAGUAAGCCAUCAUCGUGACGUAAAUCUCUGCUUAUGACCACUCCUCAAAUGAUGCUUUCUUUUUCAAUAUUUAGUGGCUAAAAAAAUCUUGUACAACUGUAUUUGUUUGCCUUGUAUAUCAAGGAUUGGCUGCCUUAUCGCAGCACUCUUUAAACGUUGUUUCGUUUGUGGACCUGCAAGCAGAAGUGGGAGCAGCAAUGUUGACAAAGCUUUCUGACAUUAUCAGGAAAGAUUCCCAUCGAUUCAUUCCCUUGACUAUACAGUAAGCGGACACAUACUUUGCGCCAUGUAAAGAUGGCCUCUCUUCACUCUGCGCGUGUCAUGCUUCAGAUAAUCUUAGAGCGAGGUUGUGCCGUCCGUCGAUUUGUGUACUUUUGAGUUCUAGGUCGUUUGACGCGAGCAUGCUGCACACAACUCAAGCUGAUGACGCCUUGUUGUAAGAUCCUCCUGUCCUCCGUCCAACCGCUAGAUGCGGCAAAAUAGCACCCAAUAACCAGUUGGGGGUAGAGCUUCGAGCAACAAAAGAGACAGAACAUUUAUUGGAGUUCUAUUUUUUAUUAUUCCUUAUGAGAAAAAAAGACAUAUUUAAAGGAAUAUUCCAUGUAUGUAUUAAAUGCCCUCAUGGCCCAUCCAGUGGUUUGGUGUGUAGCUGCCCGGAUAAGCGCCACAUUCCAACACGCCAGUGCCCAUGAAGUGAUUCUAUCAUAAAUAAAUUAUUUUUCUUGCGUAA